GCAUCGUCCGCCCCCCGCAAGCGAUGGGGGAAGAACAAGGGCGAGGAGCAGGCCCGAACCGGCGCCUCUUGCCGUCUCGAGGGUCAUACCCGACGCAGCACUUACGUAUCAAUAUGCCCACACGCCCACAUAUACGCGGGCCCCAUAACCAUGCCCUACUUACUAUGACGUUUCCAAGACAAGCAUGUCUGGCUUCUUCCAAUGAAGAAAGCACUGAACGGGAGAAGGGAAAAGUGGGGGGGGGCACACACCCAGGUCAAUCAUUCUCUUUCUCUUUCUCUUUCUCUUUUCUCUCUGUCUCUUUUGCUUAUUCGCUCUGACCAUCACCGGUCUCUUUCCAGCGGGACCCACUUACCGCCCGAAUUGCGAAAAUGUCAAGUCUUUUUCUUUUUUGGCCAGCUAUGUAACUACGACCAAGUCGUGAUAUGUCGACUGACAGAAACGGACGACGCAAAGCGGGCCACCCUGGGCCCGGGUCCACGCGGAAACUACCCUAUUUCUCUUCUUCCAACAAGUGGGAAAACCAACGACGGACCUUUUUGCAAACGUUGGAAUGGAAAUUGGGUAAAAAGUGAGCCAAAUUUAGGGAAAAGUAGUAUGUAAAGAGAACGAUUUUUUUCUUUCCUUUUCGUAUAGGCAAAAUAGCUGUUUUUGAAACCCGCUUCUUAUCGUUAUCUUCUAUCUGAUCAAAUCCCCCAUGUCUCGUGUUCUCUCCUGUCCCUAUUAACCCUACGCGA